AUGCUUGGGCAUGAGGAUUGGUCGCUGUUGGCUGAUGCCAGGCUGCCCGGCCUGCUCGAGCAGUUCACUGCGGUGGAGACGCUACGGCUGGAGAGUCUCGCUCGGCCGCUCGGCACUGUUCCCGCCGUAGAGAACGCAGUCACAGUGCUCGCGAGCAAGGUGGCUCACCUGCACCUGCACUGGUCCGAGACGUCCGGACCUAGACAGGUUGGAUCAUCAGACUUGAUCGAUAUUCUGUCCUCGUCGCAUCGAAGGUCCUCCUUCCACCUCUCAAGUUACAAUGCGGUAGGCACUCUCGCCCUAUGGACGCGGCAGAGGAAGCCGCUCUACAAGAAAGUCAGAAUCGGCAAGCUCGUAGCAAAUUUAUACUCGUUCAGGACUUUCUACGCCGCCAUGUUAUAUGUGUAUGCGUUACGCUUGCCUUUCGCGGUCAUCAUCGACCGGCUCACUCUUGGCGAUCACACCCUUGAGUAUCUCCGACUGCUGGCGACAUACCUCUACGACACAGAGUAUGGGCUCCUGCUUUCGAAGGCAAGACUCAGAAAUGAUGGCCGGGAUGACAGUGCCGUCCCCACUACUACUUUGAAAAUCAAAUGCGUGGACGUCGCUGCUCCUACGAUCCUGCAAUCGAAGACCUACUUCUCGGAGUGCCUAACAGCAUUUCUACGCUGGAGGAUGCUGCUCACGCCCCGCAUGCGCUUCCUCCUCGGCGAGCUCGAACCCGAGAAUGCCGUCCCGGAGCAGUGCGCCGGUCUGGACGGGGCCCUCGCCAGUCUCGCGGCGGAGGACCCCAAGCUCAAAAUCACCUUCAACGCGCAGUGUCCUGCUGAACGUCUCGUGGACUGGGUCGAGACCAUCUCGGCGUGCUUCCCUACCCUCAUUGCUCAUGGAACGCGCGUCGGGAUGGUGUGCAGUUCGAACGGCAGCCCGGUAGGCAAGCACUCUCCUGCCGCCCAGCACUGGUGGUCGUGA